AUGUUUUUGUGGUUUUUUGGGUUCAGAGUUGGACGUCUUCUUCUCCCGUCCUCUCCCCUCCUGCACCAUUCCGGAUCCAAGACUCCUCAGAUGCUCCCCAGUGGACAACAAGGGACAACAAGCCACAGCUGCACAGCUAGGCCACAACUUGGUUCUUCCAGUCCCGUCGGUCCCCGCUCCGAAUCCCCUCAUUGGAAGUCCCAGAGCGGUUACAUGCUCCGAAGGCCAAUGGAUACUCUUCAUACACCGAUAUCACGAGUCGGUCGACGAACAACGGUUAUCCCCUCGAUCUCCAUGAGUGAGGAUUAG